UCUCCAGGAUGUAAUGUUAAUACCUACUGGUAGUCAUACCAUCAAGCUAUCAAGUAAAGAUCUUGGAAGCACCCUAGGACUCCAUGAGAUCGAUGACACCAAGGGGCUGAAUCAGGCAGCAGGUCCGGCAGAAGACACCUUGUAUCCCGUUGGAGGAACAGUGGCAUACUAUAGAAGAUUCAGAAGUGGGAGAGAGCAGAUACUCAUUGAUCAGAUCAUCAAACGGGAUCUUGUGGUAACGGUGUAUUUAUCAGACAGCAGACGAUCACGCGAGAAACUUCAUUACCAAUACCUGUAUCCACUAACUCAUGUCUGGAAGAACAGAGGAUGGUCAGCCUGUUCAGCUUCAUGCGGAGGUGGUAAGAAUCAUUGCUAAUUACAAUCUAAACUGAACUGAAUUGUGUAUAAAAGUGGGGGGGGGGGGUGACCCCUACCCAGACAACGAGUGUAAUGUGAAAGGGAGAGGAAAAGAGAGAGAGAGAGUGACAUACAUCAUUACCCAUACUUGUAUCCACUUAUACCCCUUUCAUAAACCCAAUUAUGCGGCUAAUAGCAGCAUAAUUUGGUCGUAAAAUCGGAGGAGGACCAGAGUUAUCCGCAUUAUUUUGAUGCUGCAAUUAUCCGCAUAAUAGCAGCAUCGGGACAAGAUUUUGAGUUUAUGAACGUAUUUCCAAAUAAUGCGGAUAUUUGCCAUGGUGCGGUCACAAGGUCACCCUUUUCCAACACAACCGCAUCGGAGGGGGCGUGUCCAGUUGUCAUGACGAUUAUCCGCCUUUUUCAGGACGGGCGCUCGUAAAAAUAAUGCGGAUAAUUUUCGGAGUUUGUGAACGCAAUUUUUAUUGAAUUAUCCGCAUUACUAUUAGGCGGCUAAUUGGAGGAUAGGUUUAUGAAAGGGGUAUAACUGAUGUCUGGAAGAACAGGGUCAACUUGUUCAUUUGUGCUCAUCAUUUUCACCAUCAAGACCCAUUUAUUAUCACCUGUCAGGUCCAUCAUUAUUUUUUAAGUGUCCAUUAUCACCAUUUACAUGUACAAAUGGAAAGUUACAUGUCCUAUAUCAUUACAAUAGCCCAUUAUCACUUUAAGUGGCCUAUUACCUCAAAGUUCACAUGAUCGCCAUUUCCAUUAGUCGAUCAUCACCUCCGAGUGACCAUCAAUACAAAAAAAAGAAGAAACAAUACCAUUUAGAUUGACCAUUGAUCUUCCUGAAAGUGAGCAGUUUAUUAUGGCUGACCAUGAUAACCUUACUUUGACUCAUCAUUACCACUUAUGCUUCAGUUAUCACUGCCUGAAGUAGAGUAAACAUGGAUAUGGCAACUAAAAUUGUCAUAACUGACAUGAUGAAUUAAUUCACAGCUUUUACUCAUCCAUUCAAUCCCUCCAAUGUCAUGACACUGUUAUGCUGCCCUCUGGAGUUAUGGGGUCAUUCCUCUAGGGAGUUUGAAUGCGUCCACCCAGGGUUGAGAGAGGGUGGGGUGGAGUGGUUGUGUCACUUGUCUGUGUAUUAUGAUAUAUAUACAGAUACCAGAUAAAUCCUGCAGAGAAAAAAAUUACACAGGUAAGGGGCGAUUUCACACCGCCCCCCCUCCCCCGUGUAAUGCUCAAUGCAAUGUUGCAGAUUUAUGCAGUAGAUUGUGAAAAGUAGUCCCCAAAAAUAAAAGAAACAUAUAUAUAUCUUUUUGCCUGAAGCCCUGUAACAUCAUCAUCUUUUAAUCUUAAAGAAAACACCUUCAAUCGUGCUCACAAGCUUUCUUAAAGGGAUGAAAUAAUCGAACUAACUGAAUUGAUGUUAUCAAGAAAUGGACUUCAUAAAGGAGAGGUUCAAAUUAGAAGCCUUCAUGACCAAUUUGAAGUCCAGUGAUCUGCUCGACUGUAAACCCCUAUUGCUUGGGGAGGGGGGGGGGAGUGUUCCCCAAUAUGACAAAAAAAGGGGAGGGAGAGAAGAAGGCCAAUAAAUGGAAAGAAAUUGAGAGAAAGAGAGAUGAGAAAUGGUUCCCCCUUGGAAAUACCUGAUAAGGUUUUGCUAGUAGCAAAGCCAUCUCUGCUAUAUCUGCUUGUAUAUAAAAUAUCUAAUUAGCUAAAUUAUAUACAAUUCAUUUUACUAUUGGCUGGUUUAUAGUUAAAGUGCUUCACUAAGUCCAUUCACACCCACCAAUUCACCAAAAAUACAUGUAGGGCUUAGACAAAGGGAACUUGUUCAGCUCAAAAAAUACUUGUAAUUUAUUUAUUUUUGAGCAUUCACACUUGCAGAUGAAGUUCCUAUAGUAAUUGGUUACCAACAAGACUUAAUUCUUGCAUUCCUAUAAAGGAUGUUCAUUAUUUUUGUCUCACAUUCUAAGUUCUCACUAUGCAAAUAUCUCUGUGAAAUUGACCUAACAUUUUCUGAUCUUUGUUGGAAUUUUAUAGCAGGGUCGGUAUGAAAGUGGUUACACUUUCUCAAAUAGAACAUCAUUCACACGUUACUGAAUAUUGGACCUUAACCACUUGAGUACAGGAACAUGGUGGUUCCUGUAAUAUGUCUGCAGGAAUAAAAUAAAUCAGUAUUCAACAGGUUAAGAAUGAUGAUACAGCAGAAUGACACUAUCUACUUUAUCUCAUAUUGCUUAAUAUUUCUCCCCUACUUCACCCUCUGGAUUACUUUCUUCACUAUUUUAGGGAUUUUGUUCUUGAAGUAAAUUGGAUUAGUUAGUACCUUUGACACAUUUCCAAUCAAGCGUUGAUUAAAUUAGCCUAUUUUUAAAAAUACAUCGAAGCUAGCCAUCUUAAUUAUAAUGACUCUUAAAAAUGAAGUAUUUGAAAUACUUCAGUUUGAAGCUUUUGUUUAAGUCUGUGAAUAUGAGAAGGCCUAUAUGGCAUUUCCAUAGGCUAGCAAAACUUUUUUUAUAGGGCUGAUGCAUAUUAAUUUCAUGACAUCUUCUGUAUGUUGUUUGAGUCAGGAUUCAUGCAGAU